AUGGUUAAGAGCAAAUGUGACAUCAUUUCGGAACUACAAGAAGACCUGGCAGCUGCUAAGCUGCACGAAAUCAAUCAGAAUAAUAAGAUUGUCGAUCUAGAGAAUCAAUUGAGACAGUUGCAGGAUCAGGUGGAUUUGAACGUCUUCCCCGACACGAGAGGUGGGCCACCGCAGGAAUGGACCGCGCCAUCCCGAGCAUCGUCGCGUCAAUCCUCACGACCGUCUUCCCAAAGCACGAUGAGUGGUGAGUCCACUUCGGUUGCGUCUUAUAAUAUGGGAGCAGAACCCGUUAGCGAUAAUAGGGUCCAUGAUAUGUUCACGGUAUUCCGGGAAGUUUUUAAAGCCCAGAGCGUGGCUAACGUUACUAAGUAUAACGGCAAAAACUCCCUGAUGGAAUUCUUGCGCGCAUUAGAAAUAAAGUUCCCUCCAGCGGUGUGGACUAAUGCGGACAGGCGAGAUAUACUUGUGAACCAUUUGGAGGGUACAGCCCUAUCAAUCUUCAAAGGAUUGCCGCCUGGGGUCAGGGAAGGGACCUACGAAGGGGUAGUAAGUGCCUUGAAGGCAGCCCGUAGGAAUCCUUGUGAACAACUGAGGAACGUGAGAGAGUGGGAACACCUCUCGAAAAAGUCCAAUGAAUCAGUUGUCGACUUCUGCUGUCGAAUGGAGGACCUGUCUAGGAGGAUCCAUCCUAGCACUGAGUGGGACUUCAUAAGGGGAUCGAAGCUGUACUCUUGCCUGCAGCAUUGGCAGAACUCCUAUUACAUGCUGGAGGCAUUGGAUGCGCCAGAGGGACAAGUUUAUGAGGAAGUUAAGAAAGUAGCCACGCGUUUGGAAAAGCUGCAGUUUGAUUCAGCAAGCCAUCUCUCAAGUAGCUACCGCGAAAGGGGCAGGUCAGCAGACCGGAAGUCAGUUGGUUGCGAGGCCCUUACACAACAGCAGAUUGUAGGAAAAGAGAGAAGCCCAAACGCCCAUUUCAACGUGGACGUGAUUAUGGUCGACGCAAUAACGGAGAGACCAGGCGGUAUUUCCCUGUCUAGUGAACUGGAAGGAUGGUGUAAAACCGUCCGGAAGAGGUCGAAUAGCACCCAACCGCUAGCAAUGGGUCAGCCAUGCACAUACGAUGUAAAAAUCUUUGGUAUCCCAGUCAAGGCCUUAAUAGACACUGGCUCAGUGGUCUCUAUCAUACCUCAGCAGAUUGUAGGAAAAGAGAGAAGCCCAAACGCCCAUUUCAACGUGGACGUGAUUAUGGUCGACGCAAUAACGGAGAGACCAGGCGGUAUUUCCCUGUCUAGUGAACUGGAAGGAUGGUGUAAAACCGUCCGGAAGAGGUCGAAUAGCACCCAACCGCUAGCAAUGGGUCAGCCAUGCACAUACGAUGUAAAAAUCUUUGGUAUCCCAGUCAAGGCCUUAAUAGACACUGGCUCAGUGGUCUCUAUCAUACCUGUGGGAUUACUUAAGCAGGCCCGCGGCCAAGGGGUCGAUCUGGACAGUGAGGCUCGCAUAGUAGGUGACGGCAAGCAGCGCAAACUGUUCGAUGCGUCGGGAAAUGCAAUGAGCUUUCUCUCGGAAAUAGUUACAGAAGUAACGGUCAUAGGAGCUAGCACGGCUUGCGUUCACAUGCACGUGCAACAGAGCAAAGAUAAUACUUUACUACUAGAAGCUCUUACCCCGAAUGGGCACCAGAACAUGGGUUACGCGACGAAUAGCCGUUUUGAAAAUGGCCUACCUCCUGACACGGCUUUUGCAGAGGGCAGGGUUGUAGUCGCACCAGGCACUGUUGCCACUGUAAAAAUAAAUGGUGGGACCCGUAUGGGGGCCUGUAUGUUCUGGUCUCAGAAUCCCCAGAUCGAAUCGGGGGUAUGCCAAAUAAAUCGUGGUAAGACUGAGAUUUCGGUCGUAAAUCGCGGAAACGAGUCUUGGGUAAUCAACAGAGGUGAGAACUUAGGCGAGUUUUCCUCGGAUACCUGGGUUGAUCCUAGAGUGGCUGAUAUUCCAGGAGAUAUGUUAUGUCUGCAUCAGCUUCCAGCGCCGCAAGCAGCCGAACGAAUUGAUCUAUUAUUAUCCAUCUUGGACACAAACAGGAAGGCUGGUCCCAUGCCCGACGAG